AUGCCGCCGCGGCCAAAACGUAUAUCUCGGACUCGUCCGGCGUCCUUCAGGCCGCUGGAGUUGAGCAUCUACGUGCCGAAAAGGGAGCUGUCGCCCAUCCUGCCUCACUUCGAGAUGCUCACCCCGCCACCACCUGCCCGUGUUCAGCCAAACCCCGACGACGACGUCUUUGGGCCUUCGCAUGAGCCGAGCUACUCCUCCAUGUCAUUCCACCUGCCGCGGAAGAUCUCAAUGUCGCCAUCAACAUUGACGAUGUCUCCGGGCGACACCCCGCCGAAAAUCCCGCCCAAGUCGAGAGCUCGGUCGCAAACGUCAUCCAGUGUGGAACGGAUGAAGGAACGCAUUGCGGGUGCCAUGCUGGAGGUCGACAAACUUCAGCGGGAGAUCGACUUAGUCAUGGAGCGUCAGAGCAUUUACGUUAGCAGUCGACCUUCGACAGCUCAUUCGAUGGCACUGACAACGCACGACAUGGAUCCCAUACCCACCGUCCCCGCGCUCCCACCAGCCGCACCCUCGUUUGCAGAACGCCUGAACCCCGGGGUCGACCGCCCGCAUACGGCGCCGCCCCGGCCGCCGAUGCAUAUUCCCCACCGCGGCAUGGCCUUCGCCGAUGCCUCUGCGGCCUUCAUCACCCCACCCCCGAGCCGCGGCAGAGAGGCCCGACCGCCGCCGCCCCCGUUGCCGCUCGUUCUUCGCCCGCCGCUGCGCAAGAAGAAAUCCUUCUCGCGCGUGUCCAGCUGGCUGUUCCCUGGAGGUGCUGCAGAGCAGCACCAUCGGAGCAUCAGUCACGAUUCCAUCACUAAUCUUCCUCGCCCCGUCAAGGGGCGCGAGGGCUUCUACCAAUGUGUCCAUGCGCCGCGGGACGGGCGCACUAGUUUUGACACGGCGUCGACUGUGUCGACGUGGGAGUCGGAAGACGGAGGCCAAACGGUCCCGACGACGUGGUCGCCCGGCAGCACCCCCGUCACCAGAGCGGAGGAGCACCCGCCGCUGGAGCGCGUAACCACCUUUGGAAAGGAAAAAGGCACGAUUGCCCCUCGAUGGGGCAGCGUCGGUGUGGCGUUUUGA